AUGCUGAAGCGAAGUUGUCUAUCUUAUGUUAUUAUGCAUUACUGGUUGGAGGUGAUGGGGGGAGGGGAGAGGUCGACACCUUAUGUACAUAGGGCUGUGACGGAUCCAAGGGAUGGUAGGAGGGUAGCCCUGAAGAAAUUACCCAACGUUUUCCAGUCCCUAGUUUCGUCGAAGAGGGUGUUCAGGGAACUCAAGAUGCUCCUCUUCUUCAAACACGAAAACGUGAGUACCUUCCUGUGUCUAUUGUUUCUUCCAUUGUGA